UUUCAUAUCAUUGAAGGGCAAUACAGAAUCCAAUAGAAAAAUUGCAUUGGAAUGCAAUAAAUAAAUAAACAGAAACCUAACACCAAACUUCUGUUUUUAAACUGCAAAGCAACCCAGAAGAGAAAUGAGGGAGAAAAACCAAAAAUCGACAAUAGUUUCUCUUUUCAUCUUCCUUAUCUCUAUUGACAAUGGAAUAUCAUUAGACAGAGUGCCCAACAAACACUUUGUGCUAAUACAUGGAGCCUGCCAUGGAGCUUGGUCAUGGUAUAAACUUAUAGCCCUACUAAACUCAUCUGGUCAUAAUGUAACAGCAAUUGACUUAGCUGCUUCCGGUAUUGACCUCCGGCAAGUCAACGAUCUCCGGUCAAUAUCCGAUUACCAUCGGCCGUUGAUGGAAUUGAUGGAAUCUUUACCAGAAAAUGAGAAAGUGAUUCUUGUUGGUCAUAGCUUAGGUGGUUUGGCAAUUUCUCAAGCCAUGGAAAGGUUUCCUCAUAAAAUUUCUGUUGCUGUUUUUGUCACCGCCUUGAUGCCUGGUCCUUCACUUAAUAUUUCUACACUAAAUAAUGAGUCAUUUAGUAGGCAAGGUUCUCUACUGGACAGCCAUUAUAUUUAUGGUGAUGGGCCUAAAAACCCUCCGACAGCAUUCAUUUUUGGCCCAUUGUUCUUAUCAUCCAUCAUAUACAAGCUCAGCCCAAUUGAGGAUUGGGCAUUGGCAACAACCUUACAGAGACCAUUACCAUUGUUUAGUGAAGAAGACCAAUCAAAGGAGAUAGUUGUAACGAGUGAAAAUUAUGGAUCUGUUUACAGAGUUUUCGCAAUUGCAGAAAAAGAUGAAGUGAGUGAGAAAUCUUUUCAAAAAUGGAUGAUAGAGAGAAAUCCACCAAAUGAAGUUAUACAAAUAUUAGGAAGUGAUCACAUGGUUAUGACGUCUAAGCCAGCUCUACUUUGCUCUCAUCUUUUAAAUAUUGCUAUCGAGUGUUGAGAUGAGUGAUUUGACACAUACUCUCUCUGUUUAAGUGAGAUUGAAGGUUUAAUUCUUAUAAAUAGAGUUAAUAUUUACUGAAAACACUUUGUUUUUUAGUAGACCGAUGAGCAGAAUUUACUUCUAGUUCAGUGAAUUGCGAACGACUAUGGUACUACUAAAAAUAAAUUUUCACUUACUUGAAGAUUUCAAUAUUGUAGCAACAUUAAGUAAUCACUUGUAUUGUAUCGUAUUGUAUUAGCAACGGAAUUUGACUUGGGGUGUAAGUGGAAUUUGAUUAGUCAAUUCAGAAUUUCACUGCCUGAGCCAAACGCGGAAAGGUGGAAACGCCAAAAUUCUGAUCA